AUGAAGUCGUGGGUUUGUCUCUUUGCUCUUGUGUCUACAUUGUUUGCUUCAGGAUCAGCGCAAACAGUGAUAAAUGCAAAAACAGGAGAUGCUGUGGUCCUGAAGCCCCCGGGUCCCCCCACCUUCCCCAUCACCAUGAUCUUGUGGAAGCACAACAAAAACCUUGCAGUGGAAUGGGAGGAAGCAAGUUCUGACAUUGAUAAAUACGAACCCUUUAAAGACAACACGUCUUUGAACAUUUCCACUGGAGAACUCACCCUGACUGUGAGCGAUCAGUUUGCCGGAGAAUAUGCUGUGGAGAUCAAUAGCUUCCUUCUGCCUGGAUCAAUAACUCUGACUAUUCUCCCUCGAGUCCCAAAACCACAUAUUUCUGUGUCUUGUAACGAGGAGAAGACAAAAUGCACUUUGAUCUGCGAGGGGGACGUGACGGCGAUGACACCUGAACCUGCCUACAAAUGGAAGUUUAACAACGAAGAGCAAGAGCACCCUCUGAAGAGCCUGGACAUUACACCGGACAACACAGCUCCUGAGUUCAUCUGCGAGCUCGAGAACCCAGUCAGUCAAGAGAGCAGCGAGCCCUUUGCUAACCCAUUCACCAGUCCAAGCCCAGUGGGCGGUGGUCCAAAGAUAAUGAAUGCACUUCUGGUAGCUCUUUGCCUGUUGGCUGUUGUGAUCAUAGCUGUCGUUGUACACAGAUUUAAAUCCGGAAUGUGGUUCUUCCAAAAAGAUUCAAUGCCGUGGGAAGCUGACUUUUGGCAGAAAACGCAACCCCAAGCCGGUCCUGAAGCUCCACCGGCGAACGCUCGGCCAGGAGAGAGGAACGCCAUGAUGGAAAGCACUUCAUAA